GCCGGGCUGGACCCGGAUCCGAACCCAGCUACAGGCCUCGAGCCGGAGCCGAGCCUACCGGGGGCCCUGACUGCUCUGCCCGGGUUUUCGGCGGACCCUGCGGUCGCCAUCUUCCCUGGUGGCGGAAGUGCGCAGGCAAAAAGACGGAAGUAGACCAGUUCCACCAUCGAAGAAGAAAUGAAUCACAACAAUGGCGACUUACAGUGAGCUGGAAAGACAGAGGGGGAUUUCUGCCAACUAAAGGGCAAAAUUUUCAGUCUCCAGGUCUGCUCCGUGUCCUGGAUGGGGAGCAGCCGGCCGCUGGUGAAGGUGGUCCGCCUGGGCCUGAUCUCCUACUCAGAUGCUCUACAGCUGCAGCAGGUCUACGUGAACCGGCACCGCUCUGCCCCGGCUCACGCUCUACUGCUGUGUCAGCACCCGCCCGUCUACACCACGGGGAUCCGACACAAACCUUACCCCCCCGCCGAGCUUGAGCGCCUCCGUCUGCUGGGGGCCGACGUCCACCGAGCCAGCCGAGGAGGACUCAUCACGUUCCACGGGCCAGGUCAGCUGGUCUGUUACCCGGUUCUGAACCUGAGCAGCUUUAAGAAGAGUGUUCGCUGGUACGUCUGUGAGCUGGAGAAGACCAUCAUCUCCGUCUGCAGCAGGUUUGGGAUCCAGGCGGCCACAUCUCCUCACACUGGGGUCUGGGUGGGAGACAGCAAGAUCUGUGCCAUCGGGAUCCACUGUGGCCGCUACAUCACGUCUCAUGGCCUGGCUCUGAACUGUAACACGGACCUGUUGUGGUUCAGACACAUCGUGCCAUGCGGUAUCGAAGGUAAAGGAGUGACGUCGCUGAGUGCUGAGCUUCAGAGAGACGUCAGCGUGGAGGAAACCAUCCCUCACCUGCUGGACGCUUUCAGGGAACAGUUCAACUGUCAGCUGACGGACGGCCCGAGUCCAAUCGAGACAGACUGAAACAUACUGGACUCUUCUUCAGACGUUCAGAGAUUGAAACUUCCUUCUGCCAUCGCUACAGCCCUCAAACUUCACCUGAUGACCUUUUAAUAAGACUGAUCUGUUUUCUUCCAGGGUUUAGUCAGCUGUUUGUUGGUGAAUCUUUGAUCUCAAUGGGGCUAGCCUGGUAAAAUAAAGGUUAAAUAAAUAAAAUAAAAUUUAAGCCUUUCCUUCAGUAGUUAAAUAUCAUUAAACUCUACAGACUUCAGAUUCAGUCCACUCCUUUGGCCCUUAUUUUCAAAAUAAAACAAAUAAAAAUAGCCUUUUUAAAAAUACAAUAAUAAGGAUAAAGGUUCAGAUAAAAUCUAUCAGUGAUUAUCAAACUGCUGCUAAACUUAAUCAUUUUACAUUUAUGCCUUUAUCCCUGCUCACUAAAGAGAAGAAUCUGUUCCUGCAUUUUCCUUUGGUUUUAAAGUAAAGACUGAACCUUUAGAAGUCCAGCAGAUAUUUCUAUCAUUACUUUUGACUAAAUAAACCACUGAAAAGGGUUUAUGCACAAGUUUGCUGUUGAAAUUACUUAUUAAUGCUACUUUAAAAUUUAUUUCUUCACUUUUCAAUCAAUUUUUCAGACUUUUUGCCCAUUUUGCCACACUGAAUCCAAAGUUGCCAGGGACUUUUUUGUCAACUAUUUUUCCUUUUUUGCUGCACAUCAAAGCUGUAAAAUUAUAUAAAUCGAAAUGAUUUUUUUUUUUAACACAAAACAGAUAACUCUAGGCCUUUCUGUCCCUUAAACAAUUUGUUUAAAAUAAUUCAAAUGCAUGAGUAAACAGAAUAAUGUGGCAUUCUCUCUGUUCCCAGAAAGUGCAAGUUAAACAUACAGAUGUCUUAGUGCACCAGAAUGGAGCUAAAUGCACAAAAGUACAAUAAUGUACAUAGGAGUGUUUCUUUUUUUUUUUUAAUCAUUCUCUCAUUGUGUGCCACUGACCGCCCUGUGAUGUAAAAUCUGAGGUGGGAAUUUCAGGUCUUUUUAGUGAUCCUGUUCAUUUGGCUCAGCUCACCAAGUGAGCUGGCUCUUACAGCUCUUCUUUUGGAUAUGUGCAGUUUGGCUUCAUUUGACCUACAAAAUUUAACAAUGUCAUGACAUAUGAAUGCUUUUGUACUGCUACUUUACUCUAAUUAUGUUUAAUUUUUAUUUAAUAAAAAAUAUCAUGUAAUUCUUCUUAAAAAUCAGACACUUC